ACAAAGAAGAAAAACCACAAGUCUCACAUAAACCCGCAAAAAAUUAACAGCAUAUAGAGAAAAAACGGCGGUACAUUAGCUCUCGGAAUCCAUGGAUUCCGUCUCCCCCAACCAGAGUAGCGCGCUAACCAAAACGCGCUUCUCCGAUCUCAACCCCUCACUCUCCGAACCGGUUCUCGAAGCCCUAACCCAAGCCGGCUUCGAGUUCUGCACACCGGUCCAAGCCGCCACAAUCCCCUUACUCUGUAGCUACAAGGACGUCGCCGUCGACGCCGCCACCGGCUCUGGCAAAACCCUAGCCUUCGUGGUCCCGCUCGUCGAGAUCCUCCGCCGCAACAAAACUCCUCCUAAACCAAACCAGGUGAUGGGAGUAAUUAUAUCGCCUACGAGGGAGUUAUCGUCGCAGAUAUACGACGUUGCACAGCCUUUCGUUUCGACGCUGCCGAAUUUCAAGUCUAUGUUGCUUGUUGGAGGAGUGGAAGUGAGAGCGGACUUGAAGAAAAUAGAGGAGGAAGGAGCUAAUUUACUGGUCGGCACGCCCGGGAGAUUGUUUGACAUUAUGGAACGUGUUGAUGGCUUGGAUUUUCGGAACCUUGAGAUUUUGGUUUUGGAUGAGGCCGACAGGCUCUUGGAUAUGGGGUUCCAGAAGCAAAUAACUUCCAUUAUAACUCGCUUGCCAAAGCUUCGUAGAACUGGUCUUUUUUCAGCUACUCAGACUGAGGCAGUUGAAGAGCUAUCUAAAGCAGGGUUGAGGAAUCCUGUGAGGGUUGAAGUUCGGGCAGAAAUGAAGCCUUCAAAUGGUCCAACAUCGUCAGAACAAUCAGGCUUUUCAAAAACACCUUCAGGCCUUCACAAUGAGUACAUGGAAUGUGAAGCAGAUAAGAAACCAUCACAGCUUGUUGAUUUCCUUAUCAAGAACAGGUCUAAAAAGAUUAUAAUAUACUUCAUGACGUGUGCUUGUGUUGACUACUGGGGAGUUGUUCUUCCAUGCCUUCCUGUUUUGAAGGGUUUGUCUUUGAUCUCGCUGCAUGGCCAGAUGAAGCAGACUGCAAGGGAAAAAGCAUUAGCUUCAUUUAAAGAUCUUUCGAGUGGUGUUCUUCUAUGCACUGAUGUUGCAGCACGAGGACUUGACAUUCCAGAUGUUGAUUGUAUACUUCAGUAUGAUCCUCCUCAAAAUCCAGAUGUUUUCUUACACAGAGUUGGCCGAACUGCUCGGAUGGGUAGACGAGGAAGUGCCAUUGUUUUUCUAUUGCCAAAGGAGGAAGCUUAUGUAGAGUUCAUACGUAUAAAAUGGGGUGCUCUUGAAGAGAGGAAAUGCUCUGAUGAUGCACCUGAUGUUGUUCCUCAGAUCCGGUCUGCUGCCAAAAAGGACCGUGAUGUCAUGGAGAAAGGUGUCAGGGCAUUUGUUUCAUUUAUCCGUGCGUAUAAAGAGCAUCACUGCUCUUACAUUUUCAGGUGGAAAGAGCUUGAAAUUGGGAAGUUGGCCAUGGGAUAUGGCCUAUUGCAGCUUCCCUCCAUGUCUGAGAUAAAGAACCACUCACUUUCUACUGUGGGCUUCUCUCCAGUUGAAGACAUCAAUUUUGAGGAUAUCAAGUUUAAAGAUAAGUCUCGUGAGAAACAAAGAAAGAAGAAUCUGCUAGCAAAGAAGGAAGCAAAACAGCAAGAGCCAAAACCUCACAAACUCAACAAAACCCCAAAGACUGCAGCUACUGUCAUUAGGAAGAAAACGGCUAGACAGAGACGUGCUACCCAAACAGUUGAAGAUGAAGAUGAGUUGGCACGAGAAUACCGUCUGCUGAAGAAGCUGAAAAAGGGGGCUAUUGAUGAAAGUGAAUUUGCUAGGUUGACAGGAACUGAUGAUUUAUAGGUCACAAUUUUCCAAUUCAAACUCGAUGAAAUUCUGCUAACCUCAAUCAAGGAGUAGGUUUCAGAAUCUAAACAUAUGUUAAACCCAUCAGUAGCUUAGGUGUUCUGAUGAGGUCGAAGAGUCCAUGACAUCUAAAGCUUGUUUUGGAGGCUAAAUGCUAACCAAUGUAAUAGAAUUGCAAGGGAAAAACUUUGCUGGUGAUGGAAGGAGCUUUUACUCUGUCACGUUCUGACUUUGGGAGCUGGAGACUGUCUAGGAGUUGAAUUUGUGACACUUAUGAGAUUUCAUCACCGAUCUAUUCGCUCCCUUGUCUUCUAGACACAAUCACACCUUCCCUUUUUUGAUCUAUUUGCACUCGUCUUGUCUCACAGUUUUUGUGGACUGUAGUAGCUUUAGUGGUCUUCAAGGGAUUCUUGGUAGGGUAAAUAUUCAUAAAAUUUUGCGGAUAAUACCUUUUACUCAGUUUUCUAUAGCUUGUAUGCUGAUUGUUGAUGGAUUUAUGUCAGGAAUAUGUUAUGUAUUCUUUCCAACUAGUUGAGCUACAAAAAAAUAUGAUAUAUACUCUUCAAUUUUUGUUAAGGAUAAUACUUUUUUAAGUUU